UAUGAGCCACCUCAACCUCAUCAAUUUGUAAGUCAUAACAAGCUUUUUGAAUACGUGUGGUCUUUUUCUAAAACUCAAGAAUAUGCUGUCACUAUAAAUAGAUCAUGCUCAGAUAGAAAUGAUAAAAUAAAAAAUGUAGUAUUAAGCUAUGAUAGAAGUGGGUUCUAUAGAAAUAAAUUAAAUUUAUCAGAUAAUUCAUAUUAUAAAAAAACAGCUUUAAAACUUAUAAAUUGUCCAUUUGAGCUUUUUGGAACAAGAUGUGAUAAUAUUUGGCACUUUGAGAUUCAAAACUCUGAACAUAACUAUGAAGCAUCAACAGAUAUGUCUGGCUAUCUAUUGUUAAAAGGUUGA